AGCUGGAGCAAAAUGUCUUUUUCUUCGGAGUUAUUUGGUAAAAAAUCCAUAUUACUUUAAAAUUUGAAUUUGGCGCGCCCCCGCUUGUCAUUAUGUCAUUUCAAUUCAACAAGUGCAUUGUGGGAUUAUGAAUGGUGGUAUAUUUGUGGUCAUUUUUAUCUUCCCAAGAAGAAAGUAUUCAAUUUUUAUUUAUUAGAAAUUGCAGGCAACUUCCACCAAGCAAUCAACGUGAAAUUUGUGAUAUGAUCAAUAGCUUUGCCGUAUUUACACGUGUAUCUAGUGAAGCAACAUUAGAUUUGUUUGGGGGUCAUUUCAGAUGAAACUAGUUAACAUCUUUUAAAAUACUACGGAAAAUACUGGAGAGAUGUUUUGGAAACACAAUACUAACGCUUCUUCCCAAAUCGAAGCACUUUUGUCAAAGGAGAAUGUCACCCUUGCUGAAGUGCUAGAUUCAGAGGAAAUCAUCAAUGAAUGUAGAGCACAGAAUAAAAUGCUCAUUGAUUUGUAAGUAAAUAAAAUUAUUAGAACAUGUACAAUACAGCUGGGUACCAAUGUCUUUGUGUUUAAAAACAAGCAUUGAUAUAAAGCACAUCCUAUUAUCCUCCAGAAACCAGAAGUGAUGGAUGAGCUAGUGAAUCUGAUAACAAAAGAACCAACGUUGGAAAUGGAUGAGAAGCUAAGGUUCAAGCAUCCUAAUGUAGCAUGUGAACUAUUGACUUGUGAUGUACCGACUUUAAAUGAAAGGCUGGCUAGUGACAAGGCUCUGUUAGAAAAACUUUACACUUUCCUCAAAAUUGAACCUCCUCUCAAUCCUCUUUUAGCUUCCUAUUUCAGUAAAGUUAUGGGGGUGUUGAUUGCCAAAAAGACUGAGCAGAACUGGCUCUCCUAUCAGUUCACUUGCUUACAGGUCCUAGACUUUUUAAAAGCCAAGGACGACUUUAUUCAGUUACUGCUUAGACACUUAGGCACCUCUGCUGUUAUGGACCUCAUUCUAAAGCUGAUGACGCAAGUUGAGGGUAUGGAGAUGCGGCAGAAUAUAUUAAAUUGGUUAGACAGUCAAAGGAUCAUGCAAUCCUUGGUAUCCUUAUUAAACCCAAAGGUAGACAAGGAGAGACAUUACAAUGUUGCUCAAUUACUGUGUGAUUUUAUUAGGACAGCACGUGACACUUUGAGAAAUUCCACAGAAAGAGUGGACCCUGAUCCUCUUCUGAAUACAUUAGAAUCGACCGAGACAGUAUCUUUGUUGCUGGACAACAUUCUGGGUGAAGAAAAAGUAGAUUCAGCUAUAGUGGGUGGCAUACAAGUACUUUUAUCUUUAUUAGAUGUAUACCAAAAUAGUUUGCCAAAAUUGAAUCAAACGUACAGUACGAAUAUAAAUGAGGAAGCGACUGAUAUUGAACAAAAACAGAAAAUUAUUCAAAAUACAACCCAAGCAAUUUGUUGUAGGAUAAAAGAUUUUCACAAUUUACUGAUUGAACCUCCUAAGCAACAACCUAUCCUGACAACAGUAGGCCUUCUAGAUCCGCCUUUAGGUAACACGCGGUUACAGGUCACGCGACUUUUCGCGGCACUAGUAACCACUGAAAACGAAGAAGUACUGAAAGAAAUCGAAUCUUGCGGUACUAUGAACGUCCUGUUGGAGUUGCUUUUCAAGUACCAGUGGAACAACUUCUUGCACUUACAAGUGAAGAGCUGUUUCAUAUCAGCACUUAAUUCGAACAACAGUGAUGAAAAAGGAGAUAGCCUGAAUGCCUUAAGUAAACAUUUGUUAGUUAAUUGUAAAUUGAUUGAAAGGAUUAUUGAAGCUUGGAAGGAAAACGAUGAGCAACAGGCGCAGGAGAAAGGUCUGCGCAAAGGCUACAUGGGCCAUCUCAUUAGUCUGAUGAAUAGUAUAGUAGAAUUGUGUUCAAGUACGUGUUUAGGACAAUACCUCAAAGAACAGUUGCCUGAAGUAGCAAAAUCUCUAGACGAAUUUAAAGAAACGACUCUCAGCGAAACGAAUAAAAUUCAGGACACAUUGCUGGGAGGCGUUCAUCCAGACGUUGCAGUUGAAAGUAGUGACAGUUACGGAGACAUACCUUUUCCGCAGCCGUCAGCUACACAGCAACAGUUGUACUCUCAGUAUCAAGUACAAAAUUUGGCUUCCUAUAUUGAUGGAUAUAGUGGAUUCAACGAUGAUAACUUCAAUGAUGGAGACGAUACUUUACAAACGAUCGAUCACCGCACAGACACCUCGUUCGACCUCUCCUCCGAGUCUGAACUCGGCCGGCAGCAGGAGAUGUUCAAACGCGUGUGCGCUCAGACUGUUAAUGCCUUCGACGAUGGCGAUGACAAUGCCUUCGACGAUGCUGCAGCCGAGAAUACGUUCAGAACGGUGAUUGAGAAAAAGGACGAGACGGGCGAGUACGGGAGUGACAGCGAUGAGGAUCUGCCGAGGGAUGACCAGGAGGCAGAGGACGCUGGAAUGGACGUUGAUCCAUGGUCUUCACCAAAACUUUCAGCGGCCGAUGGCAGCGCUUCCGAUCCGGUAGCGACAAACGUCGACCCCUGGGGGACAGACUUCGGAAGCACGCGAAGCGCCACCUCGUUCGUACCACCAUAUUCCACGGAAGUAGUCGUAACGGCUUCGCCCGAGUUUGGCGGUUGGGCCGAUUUCAGUUCGGCCAGAUUCGAUGAUAACUUUUCCCAGAGCGACGACGUGUUCCAGGAUGCUCAGCAGAAAAUCACUGCUAUGGAGACGUUGCGGACCUCCACGCCCACUCCGGUCGAUGCGAUGGAGAAAAGUGAAGAGACAGCGGUGAAGGAUGAGAAAAUGGAAACGCAAAAACCUUCCGAACCUGCAGGCGCGGGCAUAACCGAAACUGCAGACAGGGUGAUCCAAACCGGUAGCUCGGAAAAAUUGGCGGCUAACGCUGUCGAAGUGAAAGCAAAUGACAGCGCGGCAGCCGGCGAUAUGGAAGGGGCAAAGUGCGAUACUGUGGUGUUAGUACCUCCACAAUUUGUAUCCCAACAGGGUAGUAAAGAUGUGAAGAGUACUACCGAAGUUAUCGCUGCUGUCACUGCAACACCUGUAGUCGAACCGUCCAAAAGUAUAGGAGGUGACUAUAAAUUGGAACAUCCCUCCUCCGCCACGGACAAAGAGAAGCAGCAACCUCCAACGGAGAAAGUUUGAGCAAUCCCGCAACAUAUCAAAUGGGAACUUAACAUUGAUGAUCUAGAACGCCCCGCAACAGGUGUGAUGUGUAUAAAUAGUAUUUUGUAAAUUUACCUUUUUUAUCAUAUGUAUGUAAAAUUUAAAACAAUACCAACUGCCUAUCAACAAUGGUGACUUGAUUGAAGAUGGUGAUACAAGAUCCUACUUAUACUAAAAUCAUUGUAUGCUCUCUUCUUUUUGACAUUUUGAACAAUGUACAUGACCACAAAAACUGUAUUUUAUGUUGUCGAAAAUAUUCCAUCAUCAAAGCAAACUUAACUAUUAUUUUUAUAGUUGCCGAGAUACAAAGCACCUCAUAGCAGUUACCAUGCUGUUACAACACUAUUGUACUUAUUGGAUAUCUCUAGGAAUAUUAUUUGAUCAACAAAUGCUCCAUGACUUUAUGUACAGCAAAUAUGUGUCAGAUUGAAGGUGGUAUAUAAUUUGAUAGAUAUUAUGUAGAACGCGAUUACUGAAAGGUGGAUCAGACUGCUAUCCUUUCAGUUCUUUUUUGGGUAAGUUAGUAAUCGUACUACCAAUGCCAGCAGAUCGAAGGUAACGUCGACGGUUUUCUAGAACGCAAUCAAAAUAUUGAUAGAAAAUUGAAGAAAAAAUUUCAUUUUGCUGGAUUUUUUCCUGUGAGGGUCUUUCGAUCAUAGUCUCCAGAACCUGUGUUACAUCUCAGGUUUAUUGUAUCUCACUCCUCGUAAUUUUCGGAAUCCAGUCAUGCAAUCUCGAAUUCAGUACUGAUUGGUACUGUACGAAAGUAUUAGUUCUAGUCCAGGUUUUCCAAUGAGUUGAUACGUCUGGUGAACUUUGCACUCGCGGUGGACAUGACAGGCCCAAUUUAUUCUGUUCUAUAUCAUAAGUAAACGAAUGAAAUGUAUUCUGGGUGUAACAAAAAUAAAAUGACUGAACGGUAUUUUUCCAGGAUGGCUAUGAAAAAGGUCAAGGUCAGGUCUUUACUAACUUUUAAAUGUUGACCAUGACUUUUUUUUUUAAUAGUAAGACGCUUUUUGACACCAACAAUCGAGCAGGAUUAUUGGUGUUGAAAAUCAAAGUAAGACUUUUAAUAACUUAUUGACCAUGGAUUUGAACAUAUUAAAACGUAACAUUUUCCAUCGCUGGUGUCCAGUUAAAAAAAGAUGACCUUGAAAUGACUGAAGGUGAGGUUCAAGGUUGAAUCCAGGGUCACCAUCGAAAUUCUUGUUAAAAGUUACUAAAGAAGAAUUUCCAAUCAAUAAUUGUGCUAAACUUGAUGUUUUGAGGUUUCUUUGAUUUUAGAUUGGUUUGACGCUGUCAGAUAGGGAGUUUUCCAUUUAAGAAAUGUAAUUUAUUUUAAGGUGAGUCUCAAGGUAAAAAAUAAUGACCAUUGAACUCCUUGUUCAAAGUUAGUAAUCGAACUGACUUUAGCUUUUUUCAAAAAUACCUCACCUGGAAAAAUUCAGAGCUAUUCCGUUAGCUCUGUUAUACCCGAUAUAUGACUGAAUAGCAGUGAAUAAGAAUUUUCAUAGGGAUGCCAUUCUAACAGAAGAAAAUGUUCGAUGACAACUUAACAUAUUUUAAUAAAUUCCUACUGUAGCGUAGGUUUCCCAAAGAGUUGCUGCUUUUAUUGAAGGUUAUGAUGGACCAUCCAUGAUCCCCAUCACAUGGUAAUUAAAUCGGCAGAAGAUAUACUCCAGCAUUGUUUAACAGUGGAGAAACAUGAGGCCUUUUUAACAAAAUUGCCUCUUUCAACAUUCCAGUUGAUUAUAUGUAUAGAUACCUUUGUUGGUAAAUACUGAAAUUUAGAUUACAUGAAAAAUUUUAUCGCUUAUGAUACAGCUCCUAUCUGAGUUUGAGCUGACCAUACGCGUUAAAGUUGUAGAAAGGCAAUUUUCUUGUACACAAACCUUAACGCGCUUGGCCAGCUCUAGCUCAGAUAGAUAACGAGUUCUAUCUACCUUUCUAUAAUCGACUCUACGAUUCACAUUUAUAGCGUAUGACUUAAACCAUCGUGAAGGCUUUUUCUAUUGAUUUAUUCGCUCAAAACGUAUAGUGGGCGAAAUCUUUUUGACUUAUGUAUGGUUGCCAUUUUCGUUCCGUCGCGUAUGUAUAGUGCACAAAUUUGUAUAUUACGGAUUAAAGCAGAUGGGUUUGAUUUCACUGUUGUUUUUUGGCAGCGAUGCAAUCUGUUUUAAAUAUGUACUGUUCAUGUAGCAAUAUUAAAAGUAACUUAUUUUGAAUUGUUUUUUUCUGUUAUAUUUUUCAUAAUGUGGGCCGCUUUAGAAAAAAGGGUAUUUUCAGAACACCCAGUAUAUGCGAUAUAAUUAAUAGAAGCAACUAGUUUUUUUCUGUUUGUCGCAUAACCCGCGAGGCAGUCGACAUCUAUAUCCUGUAAAUAAUCGCUAUGAUAGCGAUCUAAUCGUCAUACUUCGAACUCGCUGUGAACACAACCUAUGGAGGAAUGGCAGAACGACCCAACGGUCAGCUUAGGCCAACGAAGCUGUGAACGGCCUUCGCUAGUACCAUCUCUGAAGCAGGUGUUACAUAACAUCAGCCAUAGCACAUGCUCAAUUAUUUUGACGCUUAGGUAACACACACAGCUGCUACAGGUGAACAUAAAGUGAAUUACAACUAGUUCGAGAGGGACAAUUAUGGCGAUCAGUUCGCCAUCCCUUUCACUUUUCAGUUUCUUAAUAAGGGUGCCGACCAUAAAUGGUUAAUGAGGGUAGCUGUGAUCGCCGUGAGUAGCUAUUUUUAGUAGCAGUAAAAAGUUGGAGCAACCACUUCUGGGACACUUGCCGGCACUGCUUGAGAAAUCCAAAACAAAAAGGUUUUCCGACACAGUGACCCAACUAUUCCUGAUUUAAAUAAAUUAAAUGCAACCAACAUCUGUAACACAAAUACUGAAUCUACACUACUCAAAAAAAUUAAGGAAACAUAAAAAAGUUUCGAUGAUUUUUGACAGACUGACCUUUCGGUGGAAAAUGGUCGUAUCUAGUUUACUUUAAAAAACGCAUUUUGAAACUUUGAGGUUCUGGUUUUUAGGUUUUCUAACAGAAACAUUUUAGGAUCAACGGUACUCAUGCAUUUCUAACAGAUAGCGCAAGGACAUUUUUUUGCAAUAUUUUUGUCUUCUUUUUAGACCAUGGGCUUGAAUUAUUUUGUUGGGCAAUCAUUUAGAUCGGAUAGCUCGUUUAUUCAGCUUCAGUAUCCAGUUUUUAAAAUCUCGAUACGAUCAUUUGGCGCGGAGAUAUCUGACU